GCACACAAAGAAGGAGUUCUCGAUCCUCAGGAAACCCUGCAACUUCGGAUCACUACUACAAGAACAUUUCUCUCAGUGGAUUAUCCUCACUGUCAGGAGCCCAGCCAGAAUGAAACUAGUUCACGUAGCGCUGCUCUAUCUCGGCUCUGUAACCUUCUUCGGGGUGGAUGCUGCACGGGUGGACGUAGCGACAGAGUUCAAAAGAAAAUGGACGAAAUGGGCACUGAGCCGAGCCAAGCGGGACGUGAAGCUUUCGGUCGCGCUCCAAGGGCUGGGGGCAGCCGCCGAAGUGCAGCCGCUCAUACGGACCCAGGACGUGAAGGAGGAUCCCCGAGUCCCGCACCCCAGCAGCCGGGAGGAUGCUCACAUCCGCGUCAAGCGCUACCGCCAGAGCAUUAACAGCUUCCCCUACUUCCAGCUGGGGGGGUGCCGGUUCGGGACGUGCACGGCGCACAAUCUGGCCCACCAGAUCCACCAGCUGACCGGCAAGAAUAAGGACGACGCCGCUCCCCCCAGCAAGAUCAGCCCCCAGGGCUACGGCCGCAGGCGGCGCUCCCUGCCCGAGCACCGCAGCCCGGCGUCCUCCCUUCGGGCCGGGCGGCGGCCCCGGACGCCCCUCGCCUCCGUUCUGGGAGUCUGAGCGCCGCACUAGUCGGCCGAGCCCGUCUCGGAUGGAUGGACUGAGGCAGGGACGCUCCCUCCGCCCGCCGCCGCUCGGGAGCCGCCGCUCGGAUCCGUGGAUAGCGCCCGUCCGGGCGGGACCCCGGCGCGCCCUCCGCCCCGCGCGGGGAGCCGGCCAGGGGAAGCUGUGAAGGCCGCGUCCGGCCGGGAACGCGCGGGGACUGCUCCCUCCGCCCGCCGCAGCGGCGGGUCGGUGACUGACUGCUUACCCUCCCCGGGCCAGGCACCGCCGGUCCUGCGCCCGCCGCCGGCUGCGACUGGAAGGCGCCCGGCCCGCAGCCGCCAGAGGCGCCGCUGCCCCUCCGGCCGCCAUGUCGCCCCCCCUGCCCCGCCACUGCACCCGGGGGGACCGGGCCUUCCUUGCCAGCGAUCUGCGCUCAGAGCUGCCCCGGCGCCGUCUGCCCCGAGGAGGGGUUGCUCAGGGGAGCCCCGCGGCCGGGGGGACCCGCUGGCGGGCGCCGGCUGCUGCUGCGGCACCUCCGAGCCCGGGAGCCGCGGCCCCGACCUCGCCCUCUGCCCCCGGUGUUCGAGGGGACGCGUUCGGCCCCCAGCACGGACAGGUCGCCCACAUCUGCUCUACCCUCUGCGUUAUCUGCACCCGGCAGGGAAUCGAACACUCACUAGUCCCUGCGGGGACUGCGAUAUACUUGAACGUCACAGAGAGGAAAAGUGCAAUUGUACGUGGUUUUUGUUAAUUAUAAGUGCAGUGUGCGUGGAUCAUGAGAUACGUAUCGGUAUUUAAGGUUGUUCUGUGUCAUGUCCUGUUUGUAUCUUUUUUUUUUUUUUGAAAAUAUUUUAUUUUUAUACGGUUUAUAUAUAUAUAUUGCAUAAGGGCAUUUUAAAACAUUGUAUCCCCUCUAUUUUUCAUAUCGUGAAUGUCAAACGUUAAACUUUUUUCAUACCUUUUUUUAUCUUGCAUUCCAGACUGGUGAAAGAUGUAGAGAAUGUAUCAGCUAUUCUCCAUGGGUAAUAUGUGAAAUAAAAUAAACACUAUUGCGUAAAA